ACUAAGAAAUCUUGGACCCAGCUCCCCUAGCGGCUUGGCCCGGACCGCGAACGCCCCUGGCCUGGGGGGACUGGGGCUGCUGCCCCCGCUGUGGGUCAGGGGCUAAGGGAAGCUCAGCCCCGGCCGGGCCCCGGGCCGCCCCCGGCGCUGCCACCCCGUGGGAAGAGCCGCCCUCGGGCCCGGCCCCUUCCGGCGGCCACGCCCGGCCCGGCGCGGUGCGGCUCCGUUGGACCGGCGCGGUGCGGCUCCGUUGGACCGGCGCGGUGCGGCUCCGUUGGACCGGCGCGGUGCGGCUCCGUUGGACCGGCGCGGUGGGCCCCGGCGAUGGCGGUGCCGGCGGCGGCGGAGGCGGUGCCGGGCCGGCAGCGGGCCUUGGCCGCCGGCUCGCCCGUGGAUUACAUGAGCAUCACCAGCUUCCCGCGGCUGCCCGAGGAGGAGCCGGGCGGCGCGGCCGAGAGCAGCCUCCGCGCCCGCAAGGAGGAGGACGCGUUCCUGGGCGAGCAGGACACGGACCCAGACUCCUUCCUGAAGUCUGCACGUCUCCAGCGCCUGCCCUCAUCCUCCUCGGAGAUGGGAAGCCAGGACGUGUCCCCUCUCCAGGAGACCAGCAAGGACCCUUUCUCUGGAGACUGCAGCUGCCGGCAGGAUGGGCUGACUGUCAUCAUCACUGCCUGCCUGACCUUCGCCACGGGUGUCACGGUGGCCCUCAUCAUGCAGAUCUAUUUUGGGGACCCUCAGCUCUUCCACCGCGGCGCCGUGGUGACGGACGCGGCGCCCUGCACGGCGCUGGGCACGGAGGUGCUGGGCAGGCAGGGCUCCUCGGUGGACGCAGCCAUCGCCUCAGCCCUCUGCGCAGGCAUCGUCAACCCCCACACCUCAGGGCUUGGAGGGGGUGGGGUGAUGCUGGUCCACGACAUCCGGAAGAACAGGAGCUGGGUGAUUGACUUCCGUGAGGUGGCUCCCCUGGGCAUCCCUUUGGAAGGGGACCUGCAGCAGGACACCAAGCCAGGUCUGCUCGUGGGGGUGCCAGGCAUGAUACAAGGGAUGCACCAGGCACAUCAGUUACAUGGCAGACUCCCGUGGUCCGAGCUGCUGGACCUCGCAGCUGGUGUUGCCCAGAACGGCUUUAAUGUCACACAUGAUUUGGCCAAAGCCCUGAGUGAACUGAAGGACCUGAACUACUCUGACCGAUUCCGGGAGCUGUUCCUGCCGGAUGGGCAGCCCCUCCUGCCUGGCACGUUUGUCCGGCGCCUGGAUCUCGCGGCCGUCCUGGAGCUGGUGGGGGCAGAAGGGGUGUCAGCCUUCUACAGCGGAAACUUGACCCAGGAGAUGAUCUCUGAGGUCAACAACUACGGUGGAAUCUUGGUGGAGGAAGACUUCAGCAAUUACAGUGUCACAGUGGAGGAUCCCAUCCACACAGUCUAUCGAGGUCACCUUGUUUUCAGCCCCCCACCGCCACAUGCAGGUCCUGCACUGAUCACAGCACUGAACAUCCUCGAGGGCUUUAACAUCACAAGUAAAGGAUCCAGGGGGAAUAACUUGCACUGGAUAGCAGAGACGUUAAAAAUAGCCCUGAGUCUAGCGAGCAACCUGGGAGACCCGUCUGGUGACAUGUCCAUCGCUCACACAGCAGAAGGGAUGGUGAGUAAAUCAGAAGCUAAUUCCCUACGCCAGCUGAUUAAUGACUCCCAGUCCUUCCCAUCCGAUCUCCACAUCCCUCACUUCUCCGUGGAGAGCGGCCCAGCUGCCAGCCAGGUCCUUGUCAUGGGGCCCGACGACUUCAUCGUCACAGUUGUGAGUUCUUUGAAUCGUCCCUUUGGCAGUGGAAUCAUAACACCCUCUGGAAUCCUCCUCAACAGCCAGAUGUUGGACUUCUCCUGGCAAAACAAAACAAUGAACCACUCCAUUUCCAGGCCGCAAAAUCUCAUUCAGCCUCGGAAACGGCCCCUGUCCUUCCUGCUGCCCACCAUUGUGAGGCCUUCUGAGGGCAUGUGUGGGACGUACCUGUGUCUGGGGGCCAACAACGGGGAGAGAGCCUUGAGCAGCAUCGUCCAGGUUUUGGUAAAUGUUUUAACAUUUCACAAGAAUCUGAGUGAAAGUUUGUCACUUGGUCGACUUCACCCACAGCUUCAGUCCAACACCUUGCAGGUUGACAGUGAGUUUCCUGAAGAAGAUAUAGAAUUUCUUGUAGCCAGGGGCCACCAGGUGGAUAAAGUCCCAGUGGUCUCCCUAGUUCACGGAGCCAGGAGAACCAACAGUUUCAUCAUUGGCCUGAAGGACCCCAGGAGUGCAGAUGCUGCUGGAGCCACAAUAUUGUAGCACCUCCCAGGUGACCUGUUGUCUGAACAAUGCUGACACACACCAACCCAAGUGAUGUGCAUGUUCUGAAGUGGCCUCUUCUCCAGCCCUGGGGGAGCCCCACCCAGACGUUCUGCACUCACCACCCCAGGCAGCACCAGGGAAGUCAGCAGCACCAAUAUGCAGCUCCCUGCUCUUGGUUUUUUUUUUUUUUUAUUUUUCAUUUAUUUGCAUUGCAAGCAGCCCAGUCCUUGUUACAGGAAUGCCAGGAGCACACUUUUCUUUUGGGAGAAUCUUGCUAAUAAUUUCAGUCUUUCCAAAGCCAAGUUCUAGAACAUUAGCAAAGAAAAAAACAGUUGAUGAUGAUGCUGAUAUCUUCACUUCCCUAUCUUUCCCAGAGCAAUGGUUUUCAACAGCUCUAACAAAUUCUUCCUCUAACAACUUGUACACCCCCCAACGGUUUACAGAGGUUCAGCCUCCUCCGUGGUAAAUUUGAGCUUAGUGGUAAUGGGCUUAAUUUUCUUAGACACCUUUUGGAGAUAUUCUAGCAGUACUCCACAGAUUUGUGAAAAACCACACACCACAGACUGCAAACCAUAUGGAGAGCAUUUGGGUAUGUUCAGGGCCUUCCUUCCACUGCCUUAUCUCAGUCUACUCCGAAAGUCUAAAUCAGGUCAUUCCUACAGAGAAGCUUGGGAUUUUCUGCUGACUGAAUUCAUGGCAGUACUCUAGCUCCAUGUUUUUGUACUGGUGAGUCUAUUGGAACAGCUGAAGAGAGUGAGAGAAAAUGUACAAACCAACCCAAACACUACUGAGAUCAUUUUCUGUCUGCAGCAUGUAGUGAAAAUACAAGAAUGCUUCUGCAUUUCAUGUCUGAAAUCAAGUGAAGAAAGAACACCCCAGCUGACAGCUGCACCACUUCAGUCAGCCCAUGUUUGGACAUUUCCUGUUCUUUUUACUGGCAACUUAGAGACACCUGGCACUAAAAAAUUCCUGAGUGAUAAUUUUCUGCGGUCUAAAAUUUGUUGAUUUCCUUCAUGGUGCAAAUGCAUCUAUGGCCACUGUACAUAUUAUAUAUGUAUGUCUGCUUAUGGUUCUCUUGCUCCUUGAUUUGAUGAUCACACCAGUCACACCCGACCUUCCUCCCAAGGGUCUCUGUGACACCCAUCUGUUUGUAACUCACCCUCUGACACUUGUGGCCAUUGGACAUGGGGAGCAGGUGGGUCGUUUUGGGGCAGUUGGGGCCCCAUGGCAGAUAAAUCAGACUAAUCAUUCCUGCCAUCCGCCAGCCGUGGAUCUCAGAACAUCCUAUGUGAAGCCUCACGUGUGGGGCUGAGCAAGGACAGAGGUGUUUUCAUGCUCUGCUGAAGAGCAGCCACCCCUGAGAGGAGCAUGGCAGUGCCAGCCAAUGGCAACACCAGUGCUGUUUGCUGUUCCAAAUCCCCUCAGCUGGGACGGGGGUGCAGCACUUCAGAACGUUGUCUUUGGCACAUUGUGUUCUGUGCCACCAAGAAGAGACUUUCUUCACCACAGGGACACCAAUCUAUUUAUUUAUUUUUCUGUCGUCAGCACUAGAGUUGGUCACUGCCCGAAGCUGGAGUGUUCAUAACGCUUCACGUGUCUUAGAGCAGACCUUUUCAGGCUCCACAGGAAGGGAAGGUGGCAAUUCCGUGAGUUGAACCUCACUGGGGGAGAUCUGGGUGUUUCUGGUCUGUCCCAGACCAGAUCUGCCCCUCCGGCACAGAGAUUCACUGUGCUCAGCUGCAAAAUACCUGCUCAGUUGUCACAGCAAUACUUUGCAUGAAAUAUCACAAAACACUGAAAGAUGAAAUUCCUCCUUAUUAACUGAAUUCACCAACUUCCGAUGCUGGAAACUGUGUAUAUGUUUGGCAGUAAAAAGACUUUGGUCUUGAUUCAAAAGGGCAUUCACAUGCCCCAAGGUACAAUUUCGCAGCAAUUAUUCAUAAUCUUAAAAUAAAGCAUGUUCCAAAGUGCUCUGCUGGAUCAUGGCCUAUGUUGCAAAAAAGAGAAAACUGAAAACAAUUGGAAGAUAGUACUUAGGUCACCAGGUCAUGGCUAAGAUAAGUAAAGGUAUUCUGAAUUAUUUCCCAUUUUCUCUGUUUAAAAGCAGCAUCAGGAUAGCACAGAUGUAUUUGAUAUGGAAACCCUUAAUCUGCUAAUUGGCCCAGUGUCCCUAAUACUUGAGCCCAUCUGUUGUGAUAAGACUUGAUGAAUUUAAUGUGAGGUACCAAGAAAUACCUGAUGUUUUCUUCAAUGCAGGUAAGAUGGACAUUGGGAAACACAGGGCUGUAUUCCAGAGAUGUGUGUGUGCAGAGUCCCUGUGCUGAUUUCAGCCAGGCCCUUGCAGGCAUGUGACAGCUCUGAAGCAGAGUUUGUGCUGAAACUUUGACUUGAAAUUGUCAGUGAGCAGCUCAGAACACAAAAUACAAAGGGGCUAAGAAAAACAAUAAAGGAACAAAAUAAACACAAAGGAACAAAAUAAACACAAACAAAAUAAAUUUAAAAAAAUAGAUGCCUUUGCCAAAUAUGACAAUAUAUCAUCUGGAACACGAUCAGCUUGUCUCUGCCCAGGCUCGCAUUGCUCCUCAUCGAUGCACACUGGUUUUGCAUGGGGAUAAACUGGAGCCAGGCUCUGCCACUGAGUGUGAGCAGUUUAUCAGUGUUUCUCACAAGGGCUGGACGCCCCUCACGAGCACGGGUAACAAACUGCCUUGCUGGCUGUAGGUGCUGCUGCUCUCCCAUGUGCAUCAAGCACUGAUGGCUGGGGGUGAAAGCCUGAAGGGGGGACGAGGCAGAAGCCAGUGCUGCCAUCCUGCAGCUAGAGGGAACGAGCCUGCUCUGGCCCUUGGCUGCGCUAUUUUGUUCCCAUCACUGUCCGUUUGCUGCCCAGGCACGGAGAAGAGCUGGAGCCCACCUUGCUCCCACCACUCUGGAUGGGGCAGGUGCUGCUGGGACUGUCAGGGUGGUCAGUCACACUGUUGGUGCCACUCAGGCUCCCCCACUGCCCCUGGUCACAGGGACCUGCUGAAGAGCAGCCCUGGGCACACAGGGCAUUCCUGCCCUCCAGCAAGGACCGCCAGCAACAUGUCCUGCUCCAUCUUUCAGGGGACUGGGGACUGUCAGGGGCAGAUGAAGGCAGAGAGCUGCUGCUAUAGGUGGGGCAGCAGGUUCUGGUCCCUAGGCUCCAGGGAUGAUGACCAACAUUCUGCAGCCCUGCCAGUGUCUCUCUGAGGGUCCUUCAGCUGGGGCAGCAAGUCUGAAAGUGCCCAUUCAGUGUCAGCUGUUCAGCUGCUGCUGGAGGAGCUUGGACCCUCCAGGUGCCUAGUGGGUCCUUCUGGCUGGACCAUCUGAGAGCCUCCUUCUGCCUGCUGCCCAACCCAACAGGACUGACCCCGGACACUGGCUAGAGAGAAAGGGGAGUCAGGCCUCAGUAAACACCAUAAGAGGAAAGCUGCAUCUCUUUUAUGAACAUCAAAAACACUGAGAGUUUUGUAAGGUUUUGCAAAGAAUCAGGUGGAGCGGGAAGAGCUCCUGUAGUACCCAGGUGUUUUCAGCAGUUUUGGAAACUUCUUCUAAACUUCAGUGAUGGAAAUCUGCACCUAGCCAGAGAAAGGAGAGCUCUGACAGGCAGAGCUGGUUUCAGAGAGGCGGGGAAACAUCUAAAAGUGAAGCACACCUGUGCAGAGGGCAGAUGGAGUAGGAGUACCAGAGCACUGACACAUACUGUCCACAAAGGGCUCUCCAGUGGCCACAGCAUUUUCAGGUGCAGAUUGUCCUGUCAGAGCUGACCUGCUGCCUGAGGGAGCAUCCUGUGUGACAACAGUUCCUGAGCAGCCAUGGACCUUCACCCACCAGGACCAUUCCCGGCACAGAUGGGGCUCCAUAUCCUCGGAGUCGAGGAGGAGAGGGUGACUCCUGUGCACCCCCAUCCUGUCUAUCACAUCUAUGACCAAUUGCCCGCCUAUCUCUUUCUCACCACACUCACAGUUCAACAAAAUCCUAGGUCAAAAGUGACUGCGACUGCAGUGCAACAGAUCCCUGUUCCUUCUCUCCAAGUGAGCAUUGUAUCAGUGUUAGAGGAGAAAUUACUUUGUUCAAGUAAUUGUAUAAUAUUUAAGUUUAGAAAAAUCUAAAGCUGGUUAUGAGUCUACCUAAUUUUCCUGUAUAAUACCUGCCCUUUGAAAAUACUGUCAUAUGAAAUGCAUGUAAAUAAAACCACAAUUUUGAUUGCCAUGGUA